AAGAAGUGCUGCCUGCAUGGGGAGAGACUGUGUGCGGCAUGGCUCAUCCUGGCCUUGCAUGGGGUUGUAAUUGCGCAGAGGAGGGCAGGUUGGGAGGCAGCGGCUGCGAGUGACUGACGUGGAACUUUAUUCCGUCUCUUAGAAAUAAGAGUUUCCAUCUUCCCUAGAUGGUCUACUCUGGACUGGAUUGCAUAUUAAUGCAAUGUUCAGCCUGCUGCUUCAUGUACUGAAGCUCCUGAGCAUCAAGGAUAAAUCCCUGGAAGUGUGAUGGAUCCUCUGAGGGCGCAGCAGCUGGCAGCUGAGCUGGAAGUAGAGAUGAUGGCUGAUAUGUACAACAGAAUGACCAGUGCCUGCCAUCGCAAAUGUGUGCCUCCACACUACAAGGAGGCUGAGCUGUCAAAGGGGGAGUCGGUGUGUUUGGAUCGUUGUGUCGCUAAGUAUUUGGAUAUCCAUGAACGCAUGGGCAAGAAAUUGACAGAGCUCUCAAUGCAGGAUGAAGAACUGAUGAAGAGGAUGCAGCAAGGGGCUGGGACAGCAUAACACCCUUCCACUUGUUAAAGGGCAGCAUGUUGACUGCCACCUCCUCUCCCAACUUAGUGCCUGAUCGCCAUGCUGAUUUUUUCCUUUGCCAAUAAAAUGUUAAGGUUGUAUCUCC